CUGUCCCGUACGUCUCCUCUAGUUCGUCCAGAGAAAGAGGUUUUCGCCGCCCGCCGCCGCCGCUUCUCCGGUCGUCCCGUCCCUCUCAAGGCGAUCCCUGUCGCCGACGUGGUGAUUCACCCCUGUCCGGCCGUCCUUCCCAUCAGUCUCAAUGUCGGGGGAAAAGACGGUGUCUUUUUGCACCACGGAUAGUGUGCAGGGCAGCCACGUGUUCAGUGUUUCCGGGUACAGCAAGCAAAGGGGCAUGGGCGCCGGCAAGUUCAUCAGAUCCGGCGGCUUCUCGGUCGGAGGCCACGACUGGGCCAUCCGCUUCUAUCCCGAUGGGUUUAACGAUGAUUACCGAAUUUACAUCACAGUUUACGCCGAGCUCUUGACUAAGGACGCCGAGGUGCAUGCAUCCUGCGACCUGAGGCUGGUUAAUCAGACCACCGGGUUAUCCUCUUCCCUGGACAAGACGGAACCAAGGCUGUUCAACCAGACCAAUCUCAGCAGGUUUGCCCCACAAAGGGCCGACUUCAUGGCAAGGAGCGAGUUAGAAGCAUCAGCCUACCUUCGGGAUGACCACCUCGAGAUAGAAUGCAUCAUCACUGUCAUGAAAAAAGCACGGGUAUCUGAAACCAAGGUGCCCCUGUCCGGCAUCGCUGCGCAGCUCGGCAAGCUGUUGGAGGCAAAUGAUAUUCCGGAGGACAUCACAUUCAGCGUCGGAGGUGUGGUUUUCGGAGCACACAAGAGCUUGUCCUUGCUAUAAGGUCACCUGUGUUUAAGGCAGAGUUCUACGGGCGAUGAAGGAGACAGGAACGCCGCUCAUAACCAUCAAGGACAUGCAACCUGAUGUCUUCAAGGCCCUACUCCAUUUCAUCUACACUGAUUCAUUGCAGAUCACGGAUGAUCUCGAGGGAAAUGACCGCGUUGAGAUGCUCCAGCACUUUACUACUAGGAAAAGACUUACUAAUGGUGCACCAGUUUUGCCUACUAAUGGCACAUCACUGGUGUGCCAUUACUA